CCCUUUUUCUGAGGCCACACCCUUGUCACUCACACCAGCAAGUCCAGGCACAGAGAUCAAGAGAGUGCUAGUCACUCACCCAAAGCAGAGGCAGGACUCCAGCAUGGCAGAGAAGCCAGAGGACCCAAAGGAACCAAAGGACCUAAAGGAUCUCAUGCCCACGGAGAGGAAGACUGUGUGGAGGACUGCAGAGGAGAGGAAGAUGUCUGACCUCACUCGGGUGCUGGAGUGGCUACAGCGGAGGAAGGGGAAAAAGAAGCAGUUUGUCCAGAAGCAAAAGGUCAUGGUGAUGGACACCCCAAAAGCAAAGAUGAAGGGUGGGAAGAAGGUCAAAGGUAUCUGGAAGCAGCAAGAAAGGGUCACCAAAUCGAAGUUUCAGGAGCAGACUCCAGGACCAAGCUCCAGGAGGCUUAUAGGCUCCAUCACAUUGUACCAAAGGCCUUUUGGAGGGGAGCAAAGGCACCUGAGCAUCUUCGCAGGCACCUACGACAAGGAUGGCUCCAGAAGAUCAGAGUUAGACAUCAAGGAUGCCAUAGCUCUAGAGUCCACUCCACGACCAAACACAUUGCGGCGCCAAAGCCUGUUCGCAGAUCCCUCAAUACAGGAUAAUGCCUUUGGCAGCCAAAGAAUGACCAUGAUGAAAGACUGGCCAGACAGGACCUUGGACAUUGCUUUUGAACCCAAGCUAAAGAGCCUCAUGGAGAAGGGCACUGAACCUAAGAUAGAAAAUGUGAAAAUGCUGAAGCCCGAGGAAGUGCUGAGCUGCCGAUACCUGAGGUUGUCCAAGAACAACAUCCGGACCUUGUUCAAGCUGUGCAAGGAUGUGGGUCUGAACAUGGACAUCCACUCUCACAUGACAGAAACCGAGAUAGAUGUUCAAAAGGUGUUCCCCCCAAACCGCAGCAGCACCACCUCCUAAACAGCUCUUCUCCAUGGCUACCUUCCAGCUCCUUCUGCUGUCGGACCGUGGCCACCAGAUGCUAUCCUCUGGUGCACUACAACUGGCCCUUCAGACUUAGCGCAUCUCUUUUAGACAGUAGCAAUCAGAAAAGCAUCACAGAUUACUCUAUGGGUGUAGCGUUUGUCCUCACCACCCAUGUCCAACCCCACUUAGGGGAAACUGCAGGUUUUCCCCCUGUUAAAGAAGACUCCUUAGCAAGGGCUUCCAGGAAGGAAGUCUUAGAGUGGGAAAUGGAGACUCAGAGUCCCCAGAGGGACUUCAAGAAGACAAAAGGUUAAAGGAUACACACACACACACACACACACACACACACACACACAGCCUCCUGUGUGUCUAUGCAGAGGGGGAGCAAGGAGAGACUCUGUCAGCACAGAUAGAAGCAAGGAAAGGGGCCUUUGGGUGCUCACAACCAUGGGGUCCCUUCUAGGGCUGGUGGCUUUCAGAGAUGGUAGGGACCUCAAUAUCAGUAAGUCCAGGACAUCAUCAUUGCUGGGGAUUUAGCACAGUGGCAUCAUGCCUGCUUUGCAAGUGCAAUGUCCUGAGUUCGAUCCCCGGUAACGGAAAAAAAAAAAAGAAAGAAAGAAAGGAAGGAAGGAAGGAAGGAAGGAAGGAAGGAAGGAAGGAAAGAAAAGAAAGAAAAAGAGCUUUUGGGUACAGUAGGAAGCAUGGUCACUGACACCAAAGAGCUCAAUAAAAUAUUCCCAUGGCCCCCCAGUGGAUAAGAGACUGACAUCCCAGCCGCUGCAUUCCCAGACAAGAGCCUCAGAAUUGGGUAUGCCCAUGUUGAAUCAAAGCCCUGUGGAAAAGCUGAUGAUACAAAGCCACAUCUUCCCAUGGUAAACCCCAAAAUCUUUCGGUCCCCAAGUCCCUAGGGCACAGCCACAGGGAGCAAGACUCCCACAGGAAACCCCCAUGACACAGCCUCUGCUUCAACCAGGCCAAGGUACCCUGGCUCUAACUCUGACUCAGACAGGAAGGUGGCAGGGACUGCCCUUCCUUGUGCCUUUCUAACAUCCAGGGCCCCCGUCCAGGCCCUAAAGUGCCCCUCAGAGGGGAAUCAUCUCCACUGAGAGUAGUCACCUUGGAGCUAUAGAGAGGGUAUGGAGGCUGCCAGGCCCCACACUUGCCCCAGCCACUCCUGCCCACUCUGGAGGCACAGGCACCACUAAGAGGAGACAGGGACCUUGGAGGAGAGGUCAGACCAGGAGAGCA